AUGCUUGAAGAGAUGAUGGAAAUCACUGGUCAAAACUUGGUUAGAAUGGAAGCUGAUGAUCAUUACAAAUUCAUCAAACAGCUUGGAAAAGGGAAAUAUGGCCAAGUAACCUUAGUUAUCCAUCGCCAAAGAGGAACACCUAUGGCUUUAAAACUUCUUCCAAAAACUUUAACCAAGAGACAAAACUUCCUGUAUGAAUACUGUGUGGCUCUUUCCCUAUCUACUCACCCAAAUAUCAUUGGCAUGUUUGGAAUUGCAUUUGAAUCAUCUGAACAAUAUGGUUUCCUAUAUGAAGCUGCCCUGCAAAAAGAUCUUAUUUCCAUUAUAAAGCCAAGUGAAGGAGUACCAGAACCAAUUGCCAAGAAGGUCACCAGUCAGCUAGUGAGCGCCCUUGAAUUUAUCCACAGCAGAGGCCUGGUUUAUCGAGAUGUAAAACCUGAAAAUGUGCUUCUUUUUGGUACAGAUUGUCAAAGGAUCAAACUUACAGAUUUUGGUCUGACUCGCCCUAAAGGCACCUUGCUUAAACUUGUGUCUGGUAUAAUUCCUUACACGGCACCUGAAUUAAGCAACUCUCAGAAUGGGGAGGCAGUUCCCAUUGAUUUUACUCUAGAUACAUGGGCCUUCGGAGUUCUUCUCUUUUGUUUGAUGACAGGAUACUUUCCUUGGGAGAAAACACUGCCAUCUGACCCAUUUUUUGAAGAUUUUAUAAUGUGGCAGCAAACUGGCAGUCAUGAAGAGUUAUCUUGGCAUUGGAGGAAAUUGACAUUUGAGGCCAUGGAUAUGCUCAGGCAGUUAUUGGCACUGAACCCUUCUGAAAGGAGUUCAGUGAACAAAGCUUUACGAUAUCUGAACCAUCCAUGGAUAGUGGAUAACUGGAAAUCAUUGCAAGAAUUAAAAUAA